CCGAGCUUGGCAGAGAGGGGCAACGGCAGCGUCUGUCUGCUCUCAGUAAAAACAAAAAAGUAAACUAACUUACAGUUAAUAUUCAUGUGGACAUAUGGACCUGAAGUAAAGAGAUACCCCUCGCCGUAACACUGGCCGUCCAGUUUUCCUUGCAGUUGACCUCAGAUGGAUUGAGUUUAAUCUGAGAGAUAAUGGAGGGAGGCGUCCACAGAGGAAGCUGGAAUAAAAAAGGCCAUGUUGGCACAAUACUGCUCCUUAUGUGCGUUUUCAUCCCCAGUUUGACAUCAUUGUGUCCAGAUGGUGACUAUCCUAAUGACAAGGGAAUUUGUUGCAACAAAUGCCCUCCAGGUUUUAGGCUUACAGAACAGUGUCAUACUGUGGGUCAGAGAAGUAACUGCUCACGUUGCCCUGAUAGACAAUUCAUGGACCAGAUAAACUUCUUCCCCAACUGCAGACGUUGCAAAAGCUGCAAAGAAAUUUACAAUGAAGUAGUGGAAUCACCAUGUCAAAAAGAAAAAAACACUAUUUGUCGCUGUGCGGACGGUUAUUACAAAGUUUCCAUCUUCUCAGAAAAAUACGAUUGUCGCAAAUGUACACAAUGCGGCAGUAAUGAAAAGCAAAAACAGGCUUGUACACCAGUGAACAACACUGUGUGUGAAUGUACGGAGAACUUCUAUAGAGUCAACAAGGUCUGUGUACCCUGCAACAAUUGUACCACCGAGUGCAAACAUCACUGUUCAUUACCAACAGAAGAUCCUUAUUAUCCUUAUGUCCAUAAAGGUCUUAUUGCUGGAGUUGCAGCUGCAGUGCUGGUAUUGUUGGUGCUGGUAUUUUUCAUCACCUAUACUGCCACAAAAUGGUCUACCAAAAAGAAGUUGCUGAAAUCGUCCUCCCAACCUUCCGAUGCCUCUCUGGACACAUGCCAGCAAAUCCUGAUGCAGAGUGAGGAACCCUCAAACAACACAGUCAGGGCUGUUCCAACAAGUGAACAGGACCAGCCAUCCAAUCUGCCUGACUGCGUCCCCUUGGAAAUCAAGAUCCCUGACGUGAUCUACAUGGUACUGGAUCUGGUUCCUGUGCUGCAAGUGAAGCAGCUGGUGCGUUAUCUCGGUGUGAAGGAUACAGAGAUCGAACAAGCAGAGCUGGAUCACCGAUCCACCCGGGAGGCUCACUACCAGAUGCUGAGGGUGUGGGCCGAGAGAGGGUCACGUGGAGGAGGACGAGGUGGAAUGCUGCACUGGCACUUGUUGCAGGAGUUGAUGGACGAACUGAAGAAGAUGCACCUGGGACGGGCAGCCGAGGAGCUGGGUACAAAGUAUGGCAUUCAGUAAUUCUGCUACGUGUUCCAGGUGGAAUAAAAAGCCUUAUGAAACCAAGUAUUGGACUUACGGACAGCAUCAAAGCAUACAAACUGACACGGUGCUAUCACCAAAGCAGUUUUAUUUCACAGCAACCAGCAUCACUGAGCACUCUACCUCUUGUCCUGCUAAUCACUCGCUGAGAUGACAUGGUCGAACUACUGAGAGCAAUGAAUCAAUUGGUUCUGGGAGGGAGAGUCACAGAAAAUGGGACUAUACACUGAUACAGUCUGCUUAAAACUUGUAAAGAACUUUUAGCAGUGUGUUUUUGAAUCUAAAAGGAAUAAUAAGACCUUUUGGGAACUAGAUGAGAUGAUUGUUACCACUCGUGUGUAUGGUAAAUGUGAAGCUACAAUCACAAGCAGGUAAGGAUAGCUUUGUUAAAAAACUGGAAACAGGGCAACACAGCUAGCCUGGCUUUGUCUAAAUGUAACUGAUACCACCAGCACCUUCAAAGUGCACAAAAUCGUUUGUUAAAGCUAGACAAAGCUACAGCUACAGUAUAGAGGUGCAGGUAGGUAGACCAUAGGACAGAUUCAGGCUAGCUCUUUCACCGGUCUCCAGUCUUUAUGCUAAGCUAAGCUAACAGUAUUUACCAUACAAACACGAGAGUGGUAUCGAGUUGAAAUUGAAUAAGCAUAUUUCCCAAAAUGUCAAACUAAUCCUUUAAGGGUCAUGGAGCCUUUUAUAAGAUGCACAUUUUCUAUGAUAUUACUGUACUGUACAUUUUAUCUGUGGAAAUAUGGGGGAAUAUCAUUGUCUUAACAAAUUGUAUCAUCCAUUGUACCUACUCUUCAUGCACAGUUAUGCCAAUUAAGCUAUUCUUUUUCUAGUACUAUUAAUCUAAGACUUUUUAUUUAGCAGGGGGAAGUGCAAAAUCAAAUACUGAUUAUUCAGCCACAAAGUUAACUGGUAAUGUUUUAAUAGUGCUUCCUGGUUAUACUGUAUCUUUGUGCAAAUAUUAUGUGAACAACGACAAAGCUGGGGAGGCUUAAAGUUCAUACUUAAUGUAGACCAGACCCCUGCCACUUAUUAAAGCUUUACAGCCCCAUUCUUUUAAGCCUCAUCAUAGAAGCGUUAUUCGUGACUGUUGGAGAAUAUCUGACACUCCCUGUCUCAGUAUGCUUUAGCCGAGCAACUUUUAUAAUUGGCAGUCUCAGCCUGCAAAUUCAGAUGUGAAUUAGUCACACUCAGACUGACGACGUGUCAUUCCAAAGCACUUUUACAUGUAUGAUUAUACUUCUAAAUGUACUUACAUAUAAAACUUAAAUGUAUUAUACUUUUGAACAGAAUCAUACAUUGAGUGAACAAUCAAUGUUGAAGAAUGUUGAGCACUGUACAAAUGAUGAUGUGUUGAUAUUGCAACUUUAAAUAAACAUCACAUUUCUUAA